AUGGGGCUGGUGAUCACAGGGUGGGCGCCGCAGCUGGAGAUCCUGGCGCACGGCGCCACGGCGGCGUUCAUGAGCCACUGCGGCUGGAACUCGACCAUGGAGAGCAUGAGCCACGGCAAGCCAAUUCUUGCCUGGCCCAUGCACUCCGACCAGCCGUGGGACGCGGAGCUGGUGUGCAGCUACCUCAAGGCCGGCCUCCUCGUGAGGCCGUGGGAGAAAUACGGCGAGGUGAUAUCGGGGACAACCAUACAGCAGGUCAUUGAAACGAUGAUGGUCGCCGAGGAACGGCUCGCAGUGAGGCAGCGGGCAGAGGCGCUCGGGGAGGCCGUCCGUUCGUCGGCGGCUCAGGGCGCAUCAUCGCACAAGGAACUGGAGGACUUCAUAUCAUACAUGACAAGGUGA